AUGGACCGCAUGCGUUACUCAAGAUCGAGUUCACUAAGCAUUUGCAAUGAAGGAAAUAAUACUCAACAUUACGAGGAACAAAUUAAUUCAUUACAACAUAAUUCAAAAUCAGAUAAAGAAAAUCAACAUCCAACUUCACAUGCCUAUAGGCAAAGGGUAGAGCAGGGAAAAAAUGCAGUAGGUCGUUUUUGUGUAUCUGACAAUCUGUCCCAAGUGCAAAUUCUGAUCGCAAUCUUAGAUGUGAGUUCUAUAUUGAAAUCAUAUCCAUCAAACGUCUUUGUCCAUAAACAAUAG